AGUCCCGCGACGGUCAGUGUUUCCUCGUCUGCCCCAAAAUGACUUUCCUGAAGCUCUUUAAGGCCACCAAGAUGAUGAAGCUGGUGCCGCUGGGCAUCAUUGUGACCUGCAUUGUGAUCUUCGUGACGCGCGUGGAGGAGAAGAGCGUGAGCACGGCGAAGAUUGAGAUAAAUCCCAUUCCCAUCACGAGUCUCGUGACACCUAAAAGUGUGACCACGGAGGCAAAGCGCGUCCCAAUUGUGCCGGAGAAGUACAACGAGGCGAACGUGCGGACGCGACUGAUGCAGGAGAAGAUCCGGCGACUGAUGGCGCGCAAUCACGAAGUGGCGCGCGAGGAGACAGGACAGAAUGGCACGGAGCUGACGAGGCACGUUCACAUCUUCUACUAUGCGCCCGUGAAGUGGUUCCGCGACGGCAGAAAUUCCUCCAGGGACCGCCGAGAGACGCCCAACAUAAUCUUCUAUCCCGCCCGCGGACUAUACACUCCGUCGCGCGAGAUCUUCCAGGAGCACUGCCGGGAAAUCCGGGGCGCUGGUAUUGGUGUGCUCGUGAUCUCCUGGACGCCAGCGUUCAGCGUGAAUCUUCUGCGCGUGCUGAUGAACGUUUCGCGGGAGAACAAUCUCACCGUGGCGGUGAGCAUCGACACGUAUCCCGGCCGCAGUGUGGACAGCGUGGAGAAGGAUAUUCGCUUCUUCUGCGACACCUUCAGCGACUUCCUGCACCGCUUCCACGUGUCGCCCCGGAACAGCCCAAUGGCGAUGUUCUACAUCAAGGAGCCCUUCGUGCUGCCCUGGACCGAGUGGCGCACCAUGAGGCGCUCCUGCGACGCCCUCCUGAUUGGCCACAUCAGCGCCAAGGAGCACACGUCGCUCGCCCGUCGCGCCGGAUUUGACGGCUUCUACACGCUCCUGGGCAGCAACGGAGCCACUUACGCCUCAACCUGGAAGCACUGGCAGCACCUGAACGCGUUCGCCACGCAGUACCGCAUGCUCUUCAUCCCCUCCGUGGCGCCGGGCUUCGCCGAGCGCAAGAGAUCCAUGCGCCAGAGGCACCGCAGCAAUGGGCAGUACUACGGCGUGGCCUGGCGCACGGCCAUCCGCCUGGGCGUGCCCGUGAUCAGCGUGUCCAGCUACAACGACUGGCCGCACGGCGAUCAGAUCGAGGAUGCCGUGUCGCGCGUGGGCUUCAAGGAUUACAGCACGGCCAGUGGCAAGACGCACAAGUACCUGCACCUCACGGCGCACUGGAUCGACGAGUUCCGGAAGGAGCGCGCCAAGAAUCCACCCGGCACCUGCAGCGCACUUUUCAACAACACCAUCUGUUUGUAGACGACUCCUGGCCAGACUCACACUCCCAGCACUCGUUAAGUAUACUUGAUCACCGAAUCCCGGCUUCGAGGGCUGGUCAGGCGGAUCGCCAGCGGACGGAGAGGCGGACUAGUUAACAGAAUUAUACUCCAGGACAAGUACUCCAGAUGGAAAAUCGUCCAUAUUUCGCAGGUUUGGAUUUGAAAGUUAAGCCCAUCAUUGAAUUUUUCAUUCCAAACUCACUUCUAAGACUGUAGCAUUUGAGUUUACCUUGGAGUUUACUGAGAAAAAAAACUCUCUCUUAUUCUAAUCAUUCCCUAUAAUCAAUUUACUUGCUGUUACUCCUUCACCCACAUUUUCUCUGGUACAAAACAGUCUAAAGACACUGAUGCAAAUCUCUCUCUCUAUUGUAGGAUUAGAAUUAAGUCUAGGUAUAGACUUAGAAUUGAGCUCCAGCUUAGGAGAUAAGAAUAGAGACAGGAGAGAAUCAUUUUUUAUAUCAUUACAAGCUUGAUAAGAAUGCAACAAUAUUAUAGUUUUGUAGCGCAUUUGUCGAAAGUGAAACAAUUAUUUUUUACUAAUUGAAUUUGUAAACUCGGCUGAUAAUGAAAUGCAUGUAAAACUAUACAAGAUAAGCAUCCCUUUAAGACAAGUCCAUUGUAAAUGUGUUGAAAAAUAUCUCU